AUGGAAUCCCAAAUACCACCUCUCGAUUCUGGUUCUUCGGUAGUGAGCGUUCAAGAGCUCAUCAAAGAAACUAUAAACACAGUUCCAGAGAGGUAUGUUCGUCACGACCAAGAACCACUAAUCCUCUCUGAUAAUGGAAGCACUCAAACGUCAGUCGUUCCGGUCAUUGACUUGGGCAAAUUGUCCUCGGACGAAAUCGUGGGUGAUCAGGAAUUGCAGAAAUUGCAUGAGGCUUGCAAAGACUUGGGCCUCUUUCAGCUGAUCAACCACGGAAUAGGUCCUUCUCUGUUGGAGGAUUUAAGGCAUGAAAUUGAAGAAUUUUUCAAGCUUCCCUUGCCGGAGAAAACGAAAUUCAAGGUAAGGUUAGGAGAGGUCGAAGGUUAUGGGAAUGUCGCGCGAUCAGAUGGAAAGCUUGACUGGGGUGACAGGUUCUUCAUGAUAGUCAACCCGCUUGCUAAAAGGAAACUUCAUCUUUUUCCCGAGCUCCCUUUGUCACUCAGAAUUGCCUUAGACUCUUACAUUAAGGAGACGCAAAAGCUGGCUAUGCAGCUACUUAGCUUGAUUUCAAAAUGUUUGGACAUCGAGAUAAAUGAGUUGAAAGAGCUAUUUGAUGAUGGCUUUCAAACUAUGAGGAUGACGUACUAUCCUCCGUGCCCACGGCCAGAGCUUGUUGUCGGGCUGACACCGCACUCAGAUGCUAACGGCAUCACCAUCCUAAACCAAAUCAAUGAUGUCGAUGGCUUCCAAAUUAAGAAGGAUGGAGUUUGGAUACCUAUUCACAUUCUACCACAUGCAUUUGUAGUGAAUGUGGGAGAUAUCAUGGAGAUUCUUAGCAAUGGUGUUUACGAUAGCAUUGAGCACAGAGCCACAGUCGAUACGACAAGCGAAAGGAUCUCAAUUGCUAUGUUCUUCAACCCUAAGUUAGACUUGGAGAUUGGCCCAAUCCAAUCUCUAAAGACGAAGGAGAGUCCAGCACUGUUUAGAAGGAUAAAGAUGGAGAAAUAUGUCAAAGAUUUCUUUUCCCAAAACCUUAAUGGAAAGUCAUAUUUAGAGAAGAUGAAGCUCCAACCAGAGAAGGCUUUUGCAUCUGAAGAGGAGUGA